UCACUUUAUGUUCCAGACCCUCAACUCCACCUACCUGAUGAUGGUGAGGGAUAGUGUGAUCUUCCUGUGUGGAAUCCCGGGAAUACGGAGGAUGGGGACAUCUCUCUGGUGGGUUCCCAUGACUGGAUCCAUCUAGAUCCUCGUGUGCUUCUGAAAACUCUUCCAUCACUCCAUACUCCUCAUCCUCCUCUUUAUACUCUUCUUUAACAACAAUAUUAUAAUACCCGAGGUUUCCACUCUGAAUAUAUAAUAAACAU